AUGGAUAUCUCUAUGCUAGCACCUCCCCGUGCCCGCGCUCCUGGCCUGUCCGAAUACCUUCGAGAGCAGUUCGACGAACUUGAGGAUGGCACAACGGAGCUAGUCGAAAUGACAGAGGAGCAGCAGAAAGAUAUGGAAGACCGCGAGCGAGUUAUGAUCGAGUCUGAGGACUUUCGUCUUGAAUCACCGUCUUAUCAAGUUCGUCUCGACAAGCAUCUCUGGGAAUACCGUGCUGCGACUAUGAUUUACAUUCGUCAUCUAGGUGAAGAAGAUUCUCUUGUGACGAGAGAUUCACUCAGCUCCGCAAACGACCACAUUUUCUUCCCUGAGGACAUGGACAGACUCUUUGAGUAUUGCAAGCACUACUUCAUCUGGGCAGUGCAGAGGAUUCGACCAUUGAGAAAGGUCGACGUCAGCCCUCGGCUUGCGACUAUUAUUUCUAGACGCUGGUCCUUACGGCAUUGGAUCAAGAACAAGCUCGGUAAUAAGGCACCAAAUUAUCGAACCUAUCACAGCAAGACCAAUAAGUCUCUCCACUAUGCCGCUCGUGUCUUCGGUAUCAACAAGAAAGCCAAGACCAAGGCGUACUUUGGUCGUCAAGAGCUUCGGUUCAUGAUCGAUGCGGACAUGCAUCGCACAGAGUACGUGGACGUCGCAGAGCAGCAUCAUCUUGCAUGGAUUCUUGGUUGCAUUUGUGGUGUGCGGCCUGGUUCGCUGGGAUUCACUAGUAAACGUCCUGACAAUUAUAUGCGAUGGAAGCACGUCAAGAUAACUCGAUCUGAGCAGAUCAAAUUUACAGUCGAGCUCGAGUUUGAAUACUUGAAAGGCUAUAAUGAUGACGACGGCGAGUUACACAGUGGCGAUCUCAUUAUGACCGUCACGCCGCCAGAGAAUCCCGACAACAUUCCCCUGAAUCCUGGCUACUAUAUGCUUCUCAUACUGCUACGUCGUGGCUUUCUGAAGCGCUACGAAAACUUUUCACAAUUGCUGGCUGGACAUGAUCAUCAUAUCUCGAUCAAGGAAGAAGCACUCGAACAGCCGAUUUUCCUUGCUGCCAAAGAAGGAGGCCGUGGUCUCAACCCUGGAAAAGCAGCUUCAGCUGUCUCUUUAAGUUCUUACCUAAGGCUCCGAGCGGACGAAGUUGGGUUUACCAAGGACAUUGGCUUCUAUGCUUGGCGAAGAGGCACGGCUACCAACUUGAGUGCCGUAAAGAGCAGAGAAGUAGCUCGGACUGUGCUGAAUCAUCGUCCUGGGUCACACGUUUUGGAAGGGUCAAGAUACCUCGACAUGUUCAAGAAGCUUGAUAUCGGAAGUAUUGCAUACGGCGAAGACGUUCAAGCAGGUGAAGAGAGAAUGAAAGAAAGGUCUCACGAAGUUCUUUAUCGUGCUGAGCUGCAGCUGACCAAAGCCGAGCAAGACAAGAUGGUCGAAGCUUAUGUCGAAAAGUACAUUGACCGAUCGUCAACGGAUCAGAAGCUCCAGAUGCGACGACUUCGUCGCGAGGCCAAGCGAGAACUUCGCUCUUAUGCCAGCAAGAUAUUCCAAGAAACAUUUACUAUGGAACAAAUCAAAGAGCGUCAGGAGCAGCUGUCGAAUCGGUCCAAAAUGGCAGACACUCUGUACAAGCGCGCAAGAGCCCGUCUGAGAUCGCAGCGCCAUGAUUCAAUCUUCGUCAAUGAGUACGAUAACGAGGAUGAAGAUUUUCUCGAACCUGACGAGGAAGAAGCCGAUGAGUCUUAUGACGCCGGCGAGGCUGCGAGGGUCGACUUUGCAGGUGAAGACACUCCGGCGCAGGGCGAGACGGAAGUUGCUGGGGAGGGUGCAGCUAGGCUGAGUAAUGAUGCUCCCUCUGGUUCGCAGACCUCGCAGACUCCACAAACAGUCACCUUGAACGUGCAGACUGACGCAGCUGGCGAUCUCGAGCCAGUCGAAGAGGUCUCGUACGAAUUGAUGGUCUACGAAUUCUUCGACUUCAUGCUGCAGAAGCAAUUACUCUCUGGCGAACCACGUUUGUGUCAGGCUUGUGUUGCUGACGAAACGAUGGACCAAGAAGCCAAGACGAAAUUGGUCGAGAGCAUACCGCGGAUUCUAGAUGGCGGCGUCGUAUGCAUGCCAAAGCAGCAGAGCACCCGCAAGGCAGAUACGUAUGCGAAGCAGCCCAUUGCACUUCUAUUCCAUCGUUGUCUGUCGGCAUUCUCACACAACACAUCAAGAAAAAUCUGGAAAGCGAUCAGCCCGACCACGUCGAGAUGGCACGCAGGAUUGGCAUGUAUGUAUACAUCUACUUCAUCACUAACCCCGCAUAUAAUGAAGGCUAAUUCGAAAUGUCUCGAGACAUCGAAACAAGAAGACGGAUGGCUCUGCGUGGGCAUCGAAGCAGUACCUCUUAAGGCAGAGCGUGCGGCCGAUUUGCCAGGCCAGAUGACAUCCAUUGCUACUGUCGGACCUGCUUCUGACGCUCAGCGAAAGCGAGCCGCUGGCCUUGGCAAAUUGCCUGGGGUUCUGACAGGAACCCAAAGCCAGAGUUCAUUUGCCGAGAUGAUGGAAGAUUGGCCAGUAGACACUUCGGAGGUGUUCAGCUUUGGCUCGACUACGGACUCUACGGCUGUUGUGCAGAGCGAGCAGGAGCCAGAGGAGGAGAAUGGUUCAGCGGCCCAGCGAUUGAGAGCUGUUAUGAAGCGAAGCGGCAUGGAUGAUGGGGAUGAAGAAGCUUCCGAAAUACUAAAUCACGAAGGGAAAGAGGAAGAGGCGCCCGGUGAAAUACUAUCACGCAAAGUUCUUGGCCCAAAAUCUUGCUCUUAA